GGCAGAGAGGCUGUGCUGAACAGACGCUGGGUCAGAGCGCUCAGUUGCUUCAGACAAUCACAGGGGAGCGAGAGAAAGACACAGGAAAAGAGCAAGACCACAUAGAAAGAUAGAUUUAAAAGAGAGAAAGGGGAGGGAGACAGGGGAGGGAGGUAAAUAUGUGACAGGAUGCGGUUUCCCUGAGCUUGCAGAACAUCGGUACACAGGCAUACUUUGGGCAUGACCUAAACACACCAAGCUUACAAGUGUGUUUUAGCUCUGUUUGCUGGCGAGGGGGAAGAAGAAGCAAACCGCUGGAACUGCUGCUGCUGUGCCUGUAGACGCUCUGGUUUGUCUGCUGUGUGCCGGAGGAUUGUGUUUCCUUUAAGCCAUUCAGCUCCACAGCAGUCAGCUCAUCUGACAGGAUCUGAACCAUUCCUCCCUCCAAGUAGAAUGCGUUUCUCUGCUGGAAGCUCUGCUCAAGUUGCUGCCUUCAUUUCCAAGCAGUGAACUUUUCAACCAGAUUUGUGAAACAGGGUCCGUGCAGAGACACACACACACACACUGUGGAGCCAUGGGCUGCGGGCUGCGAAAGAUGAAGCCAAUGUCGGAGGAGAACAGUCCGGGCAAGAUUUACUCCACACUGAAGAGACCACAGGUGGAGACUAAGGUGGGCGUGGCCUACACCUACCGCUACCUGGACUUCCUCAUUGGUAAAGACGGUGGGACGUCCACGCUGCGCCUCUCGUCGGUGCGCGAGCUGCCGGGUCAGCUGCAGGAGCUUUACCAGCAGGGCUUUGUUCUUGCGUCCGUUCACCCGUUCAUCCACCCCUGUGGUCCGGAGUCCAACAGCCCACAGCACCAGCUCUACAGGGCCAUACUGAUCCGACUCAACGACGGGGUGGAAAGGAGCCAGCCUGUCUGCCCGCCGUACAAACUACAGCUGGAAGAGUGUCUGUCCGCGGAGCAGGUGCCCACCCCAGAGCUCAUCCAGGGCUACGUCAAGAAGCAGAUCCAUGAUGCUGCUGACCAGGGGGUGAUGUUCGUAGGGUUUGUCCAGGAACCGUAUGGGGCCCCAUGUACCAGGAUCCGAGAACCAGACACCCCCUCCCUUUCCCUCCACUCCAGCCCCAGCUCGGUGCUCGGUUCCCUGGGCAGCUGCAGCCCUUCAAACCCCUCAAGCCCCAGAAACCAUGCAGCACCUGGAGCUGAAGCUGACAAAGACGGAAAUGAGGAGGCUCCAUGCGAGGAUGGGGAAGCAGCAACGAGUGGGGAGAAGAUUCAAAGUGAGAACACUGGGAACCAUUCAGGGAGCGGGGUGGAGGGCAGUCAGGGCGAGGGCUCGUCUGUGGCGUCUCCAGUGUCAGAGGGAGAUGUGGAGCACAGUGAGGGGCUGACGGAGGAGGAGUCGCCGUGUCACAAUAAUAACAAGGACGGUGGCAGAGAAGCCAAGGAGAGGCUGAGAUACCGCCAACGGAGAGGUGACGGGGUGGAGCUGCUCGCUCUGUAUAACCACCCGCCGGUCAGAGAGGGCCAGGUGAAGUACUACACUGUCAAGGUGCCACUGCGAGUGCAAAACUGUGAUGAGGGGGUCAAAGGCGUGGAGGCCAACUGGCUGGACCACAUGACGCAGCACUUCAACAACGGAGCCUCAUUGGUCGAUGGAUACUUCCACCUGGGCAAUACAAAUGAUAUGCUGCCUAAGUCUGUGGAAAGUGUCUUCAUUUUCCAGGAGGCAUGUGAGAGCGACCCAAACUCGACCACACCGACAUUUGAUGCCAUCGUGGUGGAGCAGUGGACCGUCAUUAACGGUUUGCAGGUGAAGGCAGAUUAUGUUCCUCUGCUACAGUCCCUGGCCACGUAUGGAUGGAGGCUCACCUGUGUGCUGCCAACUCCUGUAAUCAAGACCAACAGUGAUGGAAGUCUGUCCACCAAACAGAUCGUGUUUCUGCAGAGACCCGUCUUGGGCCGAAAGAGGAGGGAAUCCAAGAAAUUGAUCUUCAAGCCCCGAAGCAAGUCCAACAAGAACUGCAUCAAAGAAACAGCAAAGAACAAGAAGAAGAAGAAAACUAAAACCGAGAAAGAUGCAGAGGAUCCCAAGAUACUUGAUGACAAAGAAAAUGUUGAGAAAGAGGAAAACAACAGUAGGGAGGAAGCAGUGAAUGCAACAGAUGUAGAGGCAGCAAGAGAAAGCGAGACAUCGAAAGAAAGGGAGGUGAGGAGUGAGGCAGACAAAAUGAUUGAUGGGAUUGAAAUCAGCAUAGAGACUUUUGAAAAGAAAGAUGGAGGAGCAGAGACAGAAGAAAAAGAAGGACAAAACGUCACAGAAGAAGAGGAAGAAGAAAAGAUAGCACUGGAUGGGGAGGGAUCAAAUGAAAAGGGAGAGCCUUUAGAAAAGAGAGAAGUCCAGGAAGUGACGGAAAUCGUUGCGGCUGUUGAAACACAGAGCGAGACCAAAGAAAAGGUGGAGGAGAGGGUAGCAGAAGUUGUGAUUGAAAAUGGGGUGGAGACGGAUGAGGAGAAAGACGAGGGCCAAGAGAUUGUGAUGAAACAUAAGACAGAAGAACCAGCAGGCGUGGAUGUCAUCGCCAAGGAAAAUGUGGCGGAUUCAAAGACCACACCAACUAAUCAAAGCUCAGAGGAGACUCCAGAGUAGCCCCAAGUAGUCCAAGUCAAGGUUUUUCCCCACCCUACCUCUUAACUUCUAUAUCUUAAGGAAUGGUUCACAGUGUUGUCCCUGAUCCAUGUAAAAGGGGCUUCGAUCCCCAUCGCUGCAUCAUUCUCCAAACCUACCAUCUUUAUUAAACAAUUCCCCGCAACCUGCCAUAGUGUAGCUACAGAGCAGAUAUCAGCUCUACUGUAUGACCACACAUACUGAAUGUAUAUAUCAGGAGAUGUUGGUGCAGUAUAGUGGACGUAUAGACAAUGCAAGACAGAGCAGAGGAAUCAACGGGGGGUGAAUAUCUAGAAUGAUGUCUUGAUCGGUUUGGGCACGUUUUCCUGCAACUAAAGAAGAAUGAGAAAUUGUUUAAAUUCCUGGUCACUUCAGAAAUUGAGAAAGUUAAAUGUCUUUCCUUUUAAUGAAAUCACAUUUAGUUGGUUUGUUUGUCAAAGAGAGAAACAAAUUUAGGUAUUAUCCAUUUUACACAAUGUUGUGCAAUAGUAAGCUGUCCUAACACUGUUCAACGUUGAGGAAACAAAGAAGAAAAUCAAGAAGAAAAAAACUGUCAGACAGAAAAAAAUGUUAGGAGAGUUAUUGAAACUGACUUUAUCAAUCAGUCCUGCCAAUAGUCCCACAUCACCAAUAGCUAUGUGGAUAAAUUAGACACUUUCUGGUGUGAUCAGGGCUUCACGUGAGUGGGGAAAGAAACAUGAUUCUCAUUGUAAUGUCAAAUACAGAGUUGUAUGCCGACCUUUCGAAUAAGAUAAGAUGGAUCUUUAUUAAUCCCCGUGGGGAAAUUUAACAGCAAUAGGUAAGAUUGAAAAUAAUAAGGGUCAACUUGAUAAACUUAAAGAAGAUCAGUGAUUGAGAAAGUUUUCUGGCAGUAAAGGAUAAAGCUAAUAUUUGUACCCAGAGGUAGCACCUGUUACAAGAGGUACAUGUACUGAGCAGCUUUCUCGUAGUUUCGGAAGCUACGAAAAUUCAGCUCACACAUUCCCAAAUCCACAGGACUGACAGUUUGAGAAAAAAUCUGCUCAGGAAAGCAUCUCCAUGUAACCACAUACUGCACCACCAUUUCCAGUUCCUUAGUUCUGUGCAGCAGAGUAAGUUGUUGGAGGGAACUUGUAGGAGACAGUGGUAGAGGUGAUGGGAAAGGCAUUUGUUGCGAAAGGCAAUCCAAAGCAGGGUGAAGAGAUAAUUGUUUACGCUAAGCUCAAAGCCGUCAAGUGCUUCAAAGAGAGCCGAUAAUCACUCUUUGGUGUGGUGUGCUAAGCUCACCUUGCAUACAGAAUGUUCCAUAUUCAACGCCGAGUCAGAUAAGGAUGUGAAAUUCAGCUGAAUGUUUGCAGCUCGGGGGCAGAACUCAUAUUUUGAUGCACCUAGUUGGCUUUCACAUACAGUACAGGAGUGAGGAUUCAUUUCUGGGCAAAGUUGUAUUUUUUAAAUUACAUUUCCAGCCAAUGGCCACAAACAAAAGCUCUUGUCAGUAGGGAAACAAGGUUAAGAUGUUUGGUCAGGACAGAGCACAGCCUUGUUGUUCACUGAGACCAAAACUGAAGAUUGAGAGAGAAAUUGAGACAGACGUUGAGAGCCUAACAGAAAGACCCAAGUAUAAGAGAGUCAAAUAAAAGAAAUGAAUAGGCUCAUCUAAAGUAACGGCCGUUUGCGUUCCACAUUCCCCGUUGAGAUUUCCUUCAUUAUUUUACCCCCAGCUCUUUAAGCACCUCUUUCCAGACAUAAUUUCUGACAAUAACCAAGUCAUAAUGUGCUGUUUCAUGGCACCGUGUAGCUUUCCAUUUUAAAAAGGGGAUGGGGUGAUGUGAAAAGGAGGGAGGAAGGUGUCGACGUUCAUGGCGCAGAGCUCUCAUUAGCUCACUAAUGGGUUUUGUCAGUGGGGUAUCUGUCAGGAAGCAUGAAUUUGUAAUGGGGGUCACUUAUUGGGGAAUGUAUUGACAGCAAAACACCUCAACAUGUCAAGCAAAUAGCCAUCAGAUUUAACGGUGAUGUCAUAGGGAAUCAUUUGCACUGAGGGGGAGGAGCUUUUGUUAAAAAAUAUCAAAUAUUGCAAAGAAAUUACACACUUUAACUACCUGCAGUCCACCUUCACACAUACUAUAUGUCAUCAUUUGGAUCUUUUGUCAUUAUGAGAACAGUUGAUACUUCGGUCAAGAAAAAAUGUCUCCCUUUUGGAGAUAAAACUCUUCAAUUACACACAAGUAAGAUUGAUUACUCUGAAUAAGUGCUCUCUUCAAUAAAUCCACCCGCCGCUGAGAUUUUCUUCAAUGUAAAAUGGCAAGUGAUUUUGUGUAGAGUAGAAUAUAAAAACUGUGACCAGCUUAGCCUUAUUACUAUACUGUAAAUGCCCCACAAUCUGCUUUUUAGCUAUGUCUUUUAGAGGCACAAUGGUGAUUUCAGUGUUAUAUGUUUGUUAUAGUCAAACAGGAAAGAUUUGCUACAGUCAGUGUUGGUAUUUUGAAGCCGUUGUUCCCUCUUUUAUUACUGGAAUUCAGAGUGAGGGGAUAAAAAGAUUUGAAGUGUUUGUCUAUAUGAAGGUAAUAUGUUUUGGAGUUAUUUUUAAGACGUUUUGAACUUUUUUUAUUAUUGUGAAUGUUCUUUUUUGAGUCUAGAGAUUUUAUUGUAGGCUUUGUGUUGCCUAUGCUGUUGCUCUAAAGCUUGCUAAAAUGUAUUUCUGGCUGACUCUCUGAGCUACCUCCCGAGGGCUGUGGUUUGUGUUAAAACCAAGGGGUUGCCGUGUGCGGACCCACAGAAACAUAUGCUCCUUGUCCUCUCGCCCUCCAAUAUGACGGAGUCCAGACCCAUGAGCGUGAUCGCUAAUAGCAGCAAAGUCAAGGGCCAUAUGUGAGCCAGAAUGGAUCUAUUCUGUACACAGGAGUUUGCACGAGCACAUGACAAAUAACCACUCUGAUAAUAUUGAAUUAUAUCAAAUCAUAUUAUAAUAUCUUCUGUGGUAUUUUCAUUUUUUUUAACUUAAUUCUCCAAGCUGCUUUUAGCUAUCGGCUGUUUCAGCUUUAAUAAGCACUUAUUGUAUUCAAGAAAAUAUUGUAUUCUCCCUCUUGCAUCAAUGCUGCUGGGGAGCAAAUAAGACUCAGCUGUCACAUUCAAAUUGUGACAAAAAUGAAUUAUGAAAGGCAAUACCAAAAGACGCCUUUUGAUAGCUGUCGAGAUCAUUAUGAAUAGCAUUAUUUUAGAAAUAUCCCCAGUGAAUUCUGGUCAACUUAAUCCGUCAGAUUGAAUCAAUUUCUUCAUUUCGCCCUGCGUCAAGAUAGACAUUCUUACUGUCAUCUAUCUGUUCUAAAGAUAUGAAUUAAUAUCAGUAUUCUCGACUUCUGUUUUUAUUUUAAAUCGUAAAACUGUGACAUGUAUUCCCCUUUGGUAUUCUGGGAAAACAGACAGAUCAUAUUCCACUUCAUCUAGAGGAGCAGGGCUUGGAAAAUCAGUUAAGCGGCGAGGUGAUCUCAUGUGACAUGACUGUGUUUUUGACUCCCACUACAUUCCGGUUGGACAUCCACAAACACGGAUGAUCGUAACCUUGACAAAAGUUACAACCGGUCCUGUAUCCGCCUGUCCUACCUGCGGCUGUAGCCUUCAGGGCCCCUUGUCUGCCUGAUAAGGGCUGAUUGGUGGCAGCUCAGUCUAACCUCUGACAUGAGUACACUCCAGGGACUGUGGGUAAUAGUGAUUUUUUUUUAUCCUGGAAAAAAGAAAAACACAGACGACAGGGAGAGAAAAGCGAGGCAGGAUCUUACACUCUAUCAGUUAAAUGAUGUUGAACCAUGUUAAGUUAGCCGUCCGUGAAAAGAGGGAGACCUUUGAGUAAUGUUAGACUUUAUACAUUUGCAGCUCUCUGCCCAUUUGUGUAAAAGAAAAAAGAAAGGGUAAUAUACAGUUUCCUGUCUUCUAUCAGCAUAAUUGUCUCAGUAUGGCUGCCGGUGCAAUCGUUCUUGGUAACGCUGUUAAGAAAAAAUACAACGUAAUGGUUCAUUUCCUGUGUGCUACUAAGAUGUGAAAUGGGCAAAGUAGAAAUGACAGAACAUGAUACAAUAGGAUGCCGUCAUUUUUUUUCCCUGUGUUGUCACUUUAGCUUGCUCACAGCCUCCGGAAAAUGUAUUCUUAGGUUUUUGUCCCUGAUGUGUUUUUAUCACCUCGCUGCCAUCUUGAAUGUUGAGUAUCUUUGAUCAUGUGCUGUUGUCACUUGCAUAGCAGUGUUUGCUAUCAAGGAAGAAAAAAGUAUUCUUUAUCUUUGCUAUCCUGAGUAUGUCCACAUUCCUAUUGUUCAUGACAUCUGUACAAUUUGUAUAUUAUAAAAUGAUUUAUAUUUAA